UGGCUGCAUUGCCGGUGAUAUAAAAGCCUCAGAUAACACACUGUCUUCCUUUCCCUUCUCAUACCGGCAAGGACAGGUCACCGUCCCCGCUGUCCAGCUAAAAACACCGCAUUCCCAAAAGGCAGCCUCACUUCCAACAUUCGACAUGUCAAAGGGACCAGCAGUUGGCAUUGACCUGGGGACCACCUACUCCUGUGUGGGUGUCUUCCAGCAUGGCAAAGUUGAAAUCAUCGCCAAUGACCAGGGUAACAGAACCACACCCAGCUAUGUGGCCUUCACAGACAGCGAGAGGCUCAUCGGAGACGCAGCCAAGAAUCAGGUUGCAAUGAACCCCACCAACACAGUUUUUGAUGCCAAACGUCUGAUUGGCCGCAGGUUUGACGACUCAGUCGUACAGUCAGACAUGAAGCACUGGCCUUUCAUUGUCACAAACGACAACACCCGCCCCAAGGUUCAAGUUGAGUACAAGGGUGAGUUGAAGACCUUCUACCCAGAGGAGAUCUCUUCCAUGGUGCUGACAAAGAUGAAGGAGAUUGCUGAAGCCUACCUCGGAAAAACUGUCAACAAUGCUGUAAUUACUGUGCCCGCCUACUUCAAUGACUCCCAGCGUCAGGCCACCAAGGAUGCUGGCACCAUUUCAGGCCUCAAUGUUCUGCGUAUUAUUAAUGAACCAACCGCUGCUGCCAUUGCUUAUGGGUUGGACAAGAAGGUUGGAUCGGAGAGGAACGUUCUCAUCUUCGAUCUUGGUGGCGGCACCUUUGACGUGUCCAUCUUGACCAUUGAGGAUGGCAUCUUCGAGGUCAAGUCCACUGCUGGAGACACUCAUCUUGGUGGGGAAGAUUUCGAUAACCGCAUGGUGAACCACUUCAUCGCAGAGUUCAAGCGCAAGUACAAGAAGGACAUCAGCGACAACAAGAGGGCUGUGCGUCGUCUGCGUACGGCCUGUGAGAGGGCAAAGCGCACCCUGUCUUCCAGCACCCAGGCCAGCAUCGAGAUCGACUCUCUGUACGAGGGAGUGGACUUCUACACCUCCAUCACCAGGGCUCGUUUCGAGGAGCUCAACGCUGAUCUCUUCCGUGGCACCUUGGACCCUGUGGAGAAGUCACUCCGCGAUGCCAAGAUGGACAAGGGACAGAUUCAUGACAUCGUACUGGUUGGUGGCUCCACCCGUAUCCCCAAGAUCCAGAAACUGCUUCAGGACUUCUUCAACGGAAAAGAGCUCAACAAGAGCAUCAACCCUGAUGAAGCUGUGGCCUACGGAGCUGCUGUCCAGGCUGCCAUCCUGUCUGGAGACAAGUCUGAGAAUGUCCAGGACCUGCUGCUUCUGGAUGUUACCCCUCUGUCUCUGGGUAUUGAGACCGCUGGAGGUGUCAUGACUGUCCUGAUCAAGCGUAACACAACCAUUCCCACCAAGCAGACCCAGACUUUCACCACCUACUCUGACAACCAGCCUGGUGUGCUCAUCCAGGUUUAUGAGGGUGAGCGUGCCAUGACGAAGGACAACAACUUGCUGGGCAAGUUCGAGCUGACAGGCAUUCCUCCUGCCCCUCGUGGUGUUCCUCAGAUUGAGGUGACCUUUGACAUUGAUGCCAACGGCAUCAUGAAUGUCUCUGCUGUUGAUAAGAGCACUGGCAAAGAGAACAAGAUCACAAUCACCAAUGACAAGGGUCGUCUCAGCAAGGAAGACAUCGAGCGUAUGGUCCAGGAAGCUGAGAAAUACAAGGCAGAGGAUGAUGUCCAGAGGGACAAGGUGUCUGCUAAGAACGGCCUGGAGUCGUAUGCCUUCAACAUGAAAUCCACAGUGGAAGAUGAGAAACUUGCUGGCAAGAUCAGUGAUGACGACAAGCAGAAAAUUUUGGACAAAUGCAAUGAAGUUAUCAGCUGGUUGGACAAGAACCAGACUGCUGAGAAGGAUGAAUAUGAGCAUCAACAGAAGGAGCUGGAGAAAGUGUGCAACCCUAUCAUCACCAAGCUGUACCAGAGUGCUGGCGGUAUGCCUGGUGGGAUGCCCGAGGGCAUGCCCGGUGGCUUCCCAGGUGCCGGUGGUGCUGCUCCCGGUGGUGGAUCCUCUGGACCAACCAUUGAAGAGGUUGACUAAACAUUCCCUUAUUCCUGCCACUACCUCCAAGAGAUCUGUUUGCAAAGAAAGUAACCCUCUUAUAGCACAAGUUCCAACAAGCUUAAGAGUGUAAUUUAAUGUUAAAAAAAGGGUUCAGGGAUCAUAAUUGUGGUUUGUCUGACAGAACUGGGAACAACCUGUCUGAGACAAUUGAGUUGUCAACUACAUGUGAAUGCUGAAGUGUUUUAUAUUCAGAUGUCUGAUUUGAAAAUAAAAACUGGUGACCCUCUG